CUGGUUGAAUAUGACGUGAACCAUGUAUUAUAGAGAGGGUGGCAUUCAAUAUCUGACCCAUUUUAGGACUCCUUUUUCAGAAUAUCAGUUUCACUGCCUUCUCUGCUGCCACAUAUCCUCUUCUCUCUCUUUCCUCCUUCACACACGUACAUACACUGUUCCAUUCUACCAAAUCUCAUUUAUUUCUCUCUUCUAUCAAGUUUUUAGCAAUAUAUAUAAUUUAUUCUCACUCAAAACAAUAUAUUAACUGCUCCCUUCCUCUGCUUCUUUACUUUACAUACCCUGAGAAAAUGAGCAGAACUAGUAAAAUGAGUCUCAGCUGUCACAAGUAUACACAAAUAUUCAUAAUCAUAUGCAUCAUUCUCUUUGCUUCAACUUCCAUUUUCAUGGCUGAAGGAAGACCAAUUUCCAAUCUCAACGAAGUUGCAAAGAAUGGCAUGGAAGAGAAUGGAUCAAUGUUAGCAGAGAAACUUCAAAUAGGGUCAAGGCCUCCAAAGUGUGAAAGAAGAUGUAGAAGUUGUGUGCAUUGUGAAGCAGUUCAAGUACCUAUUGUACCAUCUAAAGUUCAAAUCCAUAGAAGCCAUUAUGAUUCAGCAGCUUAUUCAUCAAGAGGGGAUGGUCUUUCAAACUACAAACCUAUAAGUUGGAAGUGCAAAUGUGGGGACUACUUUUUCAACCCUUAAUUCACUCAAAAUUGGAUCAACCAUAUUUAUUUAUUUUGGAAUAAAUAAAUACUCCAAGUAUAUAUUAAUUAAUUAAUUUUUGUCUCUCUAUCUCUUAGCAAUGUUGCCUCUCACCUUGUAUAUGGUAGAUAUUUGGCAACUAUAUAGUACAUAUUAUUUUAUGACUUGUUUUUGCUUUUAAGACUCGUUUGUAAGCAUUUGUUAUUUCUCUGUGUUUCCCUUUUUCUCAUUAUUAUUAUGUAUUGCAUAUGUCAAGUGAAAAUGUGAAAUGGUGAGAUGAGAUUUUACAUA